UUCCACUAUAUAUGAACCCCUCACCCUCCCCUAGUCCCCUGCAUUUUCAUUUCCAAACCAAACUACUUCAGCUUCACCUAAUUAAGCUCAAUCUCUUUCUCUCUGACUCACCACACCCACAUAUUGGAUUGCAAUCCAAGUUUGGCUCAGAAGAGAAUAUCAGAUCAUGAAGAUGAGCAGUGCAACUUCCAUGGGAGGGUCCAAGAGAAGGCUAUCAUCAUCAAGCAGAGGAGUUGGUGGAGUACUUAGAGAACAAAGGGCUAGGCUUUACAUUAUAAGGAGAUGUGUUGUGAUGCUACUUUGCUGGCAUGAUUAGUCCAUUCAUUUCACCUCUCAAUAUCAAUCCAUCGCCAGCUUCUUCGAGGAGGAAUUUUGGGUUUUCUUCUUCUUCUUCUUCUUCUUGGUUGAGUGUACAUAGCCACGGCCGGAGGUUUAUAACACAAAAGUUUUGUAUUAUCAGUUGGCCUUGUAUACAUGUGAAAAGAAAGUAGUAACUGGGAAGAAAAAGAAACAAAAAUCAAGCUUAAUUAGAUCUUAUUUUGGCAAA